GGGUCUGAAGAUGGCCUCAAGGCUGGGAAACUGGAAGUAAAAGAAUGUGUUUACGGGCGCGAGAAGAGAAAAACGCUGCGAGAGUGUCGCGGGAAGAGGCGUAGACUUGAGAUAGGCUGGGCAGUGGGUUCAGGGGAAAAUUGGGGAUUUGGGAGCAGGUCGGAAAGACAAAUGGACAGAGAGAGAUGGUCAGGACCAAGUAGGAAUGGGGCAACUUUGGCCCCUCCAAGGAUUUGCCACCCCAGUCUUCCAGCAUUUACAAGUGGUGCUCCAGCAGAUUAUACCCCAAGGUCUUUUCUGGAAGGAUGACAUCACCCAGGAGGUAAUGACCCAAAAGAUGGAGCAUGUCAGCAGACUGCAUCCCCAAAAUCCAUGCCUGAAGGAUGGGAAAGCAGUUUUUCCCACUAAAACCACUGGGGUCAGGAGCAAGCAAGGGGAGAGACUUCGACUCCUAUUCCCCAUGAGCCCCUUGGCCAAGUUGAACAGGGAUCGGUGCUUUACCUCCAAAGUGAUUUCCAAGGUCCUGAAACAAGAGGUGGCCAACCCCGUUGAGGUGAGGGGCUCACUUUUUCUAGGGAGAUUGGCCCUGUUUAAAUGAGGGAGGCAAAUAGGAAGAAGGGAAUGGGCAUUGGGGUGAGGGCAGAUAAGCUGAAGAAAAGAUUUUUCCUCUCCCAGUCAAAGGUACCCCCACUUUUCUGUAUAUCUCAGACUACCUAUAGGCAUUCAUAUGGGGGUCUGGACAUGAUGCAGGCACUGAGAGCCUCUAAGGAAGAAAUUAAUCUAUAAGAUCAUGCAUAGGCAUUGAGUUUAAAAUAGGCAUUGAAACUGCAGAGUUUUCAAAAUGAGAUAAAAGGUCCUCCUUUUGCCAUAUAUGCCCUCGUAUAUAGCAAGUGAUAGCAACACUCCCUUGAUGAAUGGGAAGUGCAGCUCAGAGGCCCUCACAUUCAGCCUCCCUCUUGCUCUACUUUGUGGCCUGGGCAAGUCACCCAGGCAAGGUACUGAGACAUCUCC